AUGCCUCCGUUUCAAUGCUCCUGCAGAGGGCCACCUCAGCUUCUCCCAUUCGACAAGGACAUAUGGAGGGAGACCGUGGAAGAAUGCACCCAUCACCGUCCUGAGAAGGCCACAAAAGCCGAUGACUACAAUGCAAAUUCCAACCAAUCAAUACCCGGGUUCAUCAGCCUCGUCACUAACCGCCGUCCGAUGGUGCCUUACUGGCUUUACCGCUUGCUACCGGGCCGGAAGACCCUUAAGGAUGAUGAGAACUACGAAUUCUGCAUCAAUAUAGCCGACGUACAGCGAAUGCACCUACGUCUUCUACAGAGCCGUCUCACCUGGCUUACACUAUCAGCUGGGUUCGACGAGGACCGUGGUGCUAACCAAGAGGUGCUCACUGAACUCGGCCCAACUCUUCGAGAUUAUGUACAAGCUGUACGCGACCACGAGUAA